AUGCCCGCGAAACACAACAACCCGAUUCGCAUCCGGCGACACAGAUCGCCAUUUCAGCGAAUCGAACAUGCUCAGGAUGAUGGGUCCACAGCAGCAAGGAGCGAGGUGCCCAACACAGUCAGUAGCGGUAGUUCCGGCAUCCUGGUGAACGAUCCGGAUGCUGCUGGCUCGGGUCGACAAUCGCCACUUGCGCGUGACUUAGAGAGACAGCAGGUCCGUCUAUCCUUACCGCCGCGAAAUUCCAGUAGAGCCAAGAGACCACGUAUUGUGCAGAGACCCAGCGUGGUCGAGAGUCUGGCCAGUCAAGAGCGCUCAGCUGCCUCGACCGGUCGUCAAGGUGAUGACCAGCAGACGCAAGAAGAUGACGAUGCUGGAACGAGCGAGGCGGGAAAUUCUCAAUCUAUGUCGCGUGCACCUGCACCUUCUCAAGUAGCCGCCGCUGAAAGUCGACUGCCACAAGUGACGGAAGAGUCAACUUCGCCGCAUGGCUCUUCUCCACACUCCACGCCCAACCAAGCUGGACUCGCUUGCACCCCCUCAGCCCAGCUUACGUCUGGUCGCAGUGAUAGCAGCACCUACUUCAAGUCGGGCAGCGGCGCCAGGAGAGCAUCGGCCGACGCUGGCGGCUCAAAGCCUGCGUCACAGCGCUUGCUGGGCUUUUCUAAACUGCGCAAUGCCCAGUCUAACCCUGUAAGUGCGAUCAAAGCACCAGAAGAACGCGUCGUCAAUUUCACGUCGCCCUGGGGCAAUCAACAAGCUUCGUACGAGCGCGAGGCCGAGGAGGAGGACUAUGAUCAUCACGACGAAGACAUUGCUAACUAUGUGAGUUGCGACGCGUGGUCAUGUCAUGUGUUCUGGUAUGUGCGCUGAGCUGCAGCGACCACCUCCGCUCGUAGCUCGAUGUCGUCGAUCCAGAAGUGAGCACGCUGGGCUAUCUGAGCAAUAUUCAGAAUUCGAUUUUCGUACCGCACAUCCCUUCCCUCUAUUCUCGACGAUCCACACACGACUUGCCAGAUCUGCGAGCUGGCUAUCGUCGUGGCUCUCGCGCAGGUCUUGCGGCCGAAGCGCAGAGCAUCGAUUCACGGACAAGGGCAGGAUCACUGCGAUCGCGCCUCUCUGGCGAUUCGCGGCGAGGUUCGCUGGCCGCUUCGCAGACGGGACUUUCUGGCGGUGCACAACCUUUUGCUACAUCGUCAGAUGGUGUCAGAAGGCCGAGUCUGGUGUCUCGUUUGUCAGGCGGAGGACUCAUGAGUCGGAUGGGUAGCAAAGUCAGUUUCCGAACGCCCAUCUCUAAAGAGGCACAAGUGCGCAAAGAAGCCGAAGAUGAAGCGGAAGCUCAGGGUCAUAUUCGAGGAUGGGCAGCUAUGGACGAGGAGGAAAGGAGCGCUUUGGACGAGCAUGUGCGAGAUCUUUUGACCAGGCGCGCAAAGUUUCGGAGAGGCUUGAGAGGCUUUUGGGCUUUUGUCAAGACUCCCAUCGGCUUCAUUAUGACGCUAUACGGCUUCCUCGUCACGUUCUGGGGAUGCGCUAUCGUGCUGUUCAUCCUCGGAUGGAUCAAUGCUGGUUCAAGAAGACGCUACUGGAUCGAAAUUUGCGACCAGAUCCUUUGCGCCUUGUUCGCGGCGGUAGGACUUGGCUUUGCGCCCUUCAGAGCCGUCGAUACGUAUCGCAUGAUCCACAUCGCGCACUAUCACCAUCUUACGUGGAGGAGACGUCGAGAAAUGUUCUUGCCACAACUAGUCGAUCCCAACGAUCUCCCUAGACCCGCACAGGACGGUCGCAACUUGGCCAUCAUCCCAGAGGAUUUGCCCUCUCCAAGAACUUCACGGGAGGAUUUGGCCAACAAGGUCGCCGAAGCUAAUGUUCAACGAAGAGAAAAGCGUGGCUGGAUCGCGAGACUCUUCAGUAGGCGUGCGCGGCGACAGACGGAUGAUGCGGAGCGUCAAGCCCAGGCUACCGAACCCAAAGGUGUGGUUGUAGCGACUGUUCCGCCCGCACUUUUGGAUCCGAACACCCUGCCGGGUGCGAAGGCGCAAGGAGGAAGCCCGUCUCGUGAUGGCAGCUCGACAGCGACUGCUACGCCUCGCAACGACUUCAAAGGGGAUUUGGAGGCGAACCAGAAGAGACCUGCCGUCAAGCGCAAUCAGAGCUUGCAGAGCGAGUUGGUCAAGGAUGUGCAAGAUGUUGUGGUGCUCACCCCCGAAGAGCAGAAGAUCCUGGAACAUCACCAGCGCGCUUUCCACGCGAGCCAUACUUUCUAUCGUUUCCACGAGACAUCUACCCACGUGAGUCUAGCAGUGCUCUACCGGUCUUGUGGUGCCAAUUGACAGCUCGCUGAUGACUCACGAUCCGCAUCGCUGUCUUGAUAGCGAGCGUUCCCGCUUGACUUGAUGAUCGUCAUUGUCUGCUUGCUGGACUGCCAUUCGAUGCUGCAAGCCGCUUUGGGAGGCGUCACUUGGGGCAUCAAGUAUACCCACAGACCCACAGUCUUGACAGCGACGAUCAUCAGUUGCAGUCUCUCGUGCAAUGCAGUUGCCGGCAUCAUCAUUUGGCUUGGUGGACGUCGAACGAAGAAGAAGGAGGAGGUGGAGCGCAGGCUGCGCAUUGCAUUAGAGAAGGAAGCCUAUUCCAUCAUGACGUCCAAAGGAGCUGACGGUGCAGAAGAAGCUGCCAAAGACAUAGCUGCAGCCCACUCUUCAUCUGGCGAUGCUCGUCUUGCUGCACCAGCAAAGAAGCACAAGCACGAGCACGAUCUGGAGGAAGAGUUAGAUAGCUUCGAGAUGAGGGCUACGGGUUCUAGCUCAUCUGCUUUACUCGACCACGAUCACCAGGGGCCUCCAAGAUCUCCGACGCGGAACAAACAGCUCCCUUCCACCUCCCUCUCCUCUCGCGAUUAA